CACCCUAAUCAUCUGGAGAGAUACAAAACUUUGACUUCAAACACCCAAAGAAGAAAGCCAGAAAGAGAACCAGAUGAAAGCCCCCCAUCCAAGCAAACUAAGUUAUGGGAAACCAGAAGAGUGUCCCAGGCCAGUUUGGAUAAAUCAGUCCUCCAUUUUAUCAUACAAGGCCUUCACCCACCUAAUGUAGUUGAGCAGCAGGGUUUCAUAGAUCUUGUACAUCUUCUCCAGCCCAAUAUUAAUGUGAUUUCACGCAACACUGUUGUGAACAAAGUAGAGAAGGCUUCCUUGGAAAUGAAAAACAAUCUAAAAACCGCUCUAAAAGAACUUCAGUUCAUUGCCACUACAACUGAUUGCUGGACAGCUUACAGGCGUGGAUUCAUAGGUGUCACAGCACACUGGAUAGACCCCCAGACUAUGACGAGAUGUUGCGCUGCCCUAGCCUGCAGACAGCUUAAAGGUUCACAUACUUUUACUGUUCUUGCCAGUGCUCUGAACGAUAUCCACAGUGAAUUCAAUAUCCGUGAAAAAAUUACCCGCACCACAACUGACAAUGGCUCAAAUUUCGUAAAAGCUUUUAGGGUUUAUGGUCAGACUGAUGAAAAUAACAAUUUAGCAGCAGAGAGUGGUAAAGUAGAUGACGGUGUUGAAGAUGAAUAUGAUGAUGAAGAGAAGGAUAGCACUGAGAGCAUGGAGUUUGUUGAAGCUGGAGCCAUACUGGAUGAGGACGACUGCCUGGAAUAUCAGCUUCCAAAACACCAUCGCUGCGCCUGCCACCUUCUCAACUUGGUGUCAACAACUGAUGUUGAGGAGGCAAAUAAUAACACAGUUUACAAAAGGGUCUCACGCUCAACAUUCUCAAAGUGCUGGAGUCUGUGGAAUAAAAGUGCAAGAUCCACCACAGCAGCAGAGAUCAUUGAGGAGACUUGCAAACUCCAGCUCUUGAGGCCAAAUGCAAAAAGAUGGAACUCCCUUUUCUUAGCAGUGGAAAGGAUUGUGAGAAUUGCCAGAGAACAUGGAGAACGAGCCAUUGCAGCUGUCUGCAGUGCACUGAAGAUACCCAUGUUUACUCCUGUAGAGCUUGCCUUUCUGUCCGAAUAUGCAAAGACUAUGAGCCCAGUUGCAAAGGCUCUUGACGUACUUCAGGGAGAGGCCAAUGUGCAAAUGGGAUGGUUUGUCCCUACAAUAACCCUACUCAAGACUAAGCUCCAGCACCUUCACAUUUCUUCCAAGUUCUGUAGGCCAUUGAUUGAUGCACUUUUAGCAGGACUUGAAAAACGAUUUGGACAAAUGCUUAAAGAUCCGGAGCUGAUAGCGGCGGCUAUUCUAGUCCCCAAAUUCAAGACGUGCUGGACAAGUGAUGAACAAAUCAUAAAACUUGGCCUUGACUAUAUCAAAAGUUACUUGAGAGACCAAACUGUGGAGAAUCAAGGUGAGAGCUCCCAUUCUUCAGAGGAGGAGGACUUCUUUUCUGCAAUCAAACAGACCCGUUCCCAAGAAAAAUGCUAAACAGCUGGAGACUUACCUUGGAUGCCCAGGUGAUACAGUAGAGAUACUUAAGUCUUUCCCUCCAGUAUGCAACCUGUCGUUGAGGCUUAACACAGCACUACCAGCCUCAGCAGCCUGCGAGAGACUGUUUAGUUCAGCAGGACUGAUCUUUGGACCAAAAAGGGCACGAAUUGAUUCUAAGAACUUUGAAAACCAGCUUCUUUUGAAACUAAACAGAAGGUUCUGGUGAUUGUGUAGGGUUUGUCAAUGUAUUCUUUCUGUCAUACACAAACACAAGAAUACUGACAUACACACACACACUCUCGCUCUCUCUUUCUCUCUCUGUCUCUCUCUCUUUCUUUCUUUCAUUCAUUCUUUCUCUCCCUCUCUUUUUCUCUCUCCCUCUCCCUUUUUCUCUCUCUCUUUCACUCACUCACAUGCACACGCACACACACAAAAUCAACACAAACACUCUUUUUGUGUUCCACACAGACUGACAUGCACAUUUGCCCAAGUCAAGCACUUCAGACUACAGAGACUGUUUUGAUAUGUAGCAUUUGUCCACUUUUAUAGCCUGUUUUUGAAGGGAAUUAUGGACAUGUUCAUCACACAGGCAUAAUUACAAUAAUUCUUUCUCUCUCUCUCUCUCUCUCUCUCUCUCACACACACACACACACACUCACUCACUCACUCACUCUCUCACAAUCACACACACAGUCACACCAACAGACACUUUCUUUUUGUUCCACAUGGACUGACAUGCACUUCUGUUCUUGCACAAAGUCAAGCACUUCAGGUUUCAGAGACUGUUUUGAUAUGUACCUAGGUUAUGCUUUAGUAAGUUACUCCCAAGUUUUUGAUGGGACUAAGGGAAUAAUGCACAACAAAGAUGUAUACAACUGCCAC